CCGAUAUAGCUACCACCUCGGCGCACCGCUACGCAUUCGUGACAUGAUUUCUAUUACUCUCGUUACACACAUACACGCUGUGCUUAUCCUAUUUCCGCCGGAAUUCCAACCAUUCCAAAAAUAAUCAUCAUUCACCAACGCACACCCUCUCCUCCCUAGGUCCUCCGGGUCUUAGUCACCACCAAACCCGCCGCUUCCAGAAUACUGCCGAACCCCAUAACCGCGGUUGAUCGAGAACAUGGUCUCCGACCAGACAUACGAGCUCUGCCUUCCGGUUCUCCGGGACCCAAACAUCGAAGAUGAGGAUAAGACGGACAAGCUCGAGGAGCUGCUCAAAGAGAAGACAAGCCUGACCGGGCAAGCUUUGGAGAACGCCGUCCUAGACGCGCUUUGGAGAUAUAGAGAAGGCGGGGAGACCGCGACAUCGCCGCCGCCCAUCAGACAACCUAUCCUGCGGCGGCCGUCUCCGGCGUCGUGGCGUGGUUCCGGAACCCCCCUUUCAAGCUCGCCUCGGCUGGGUGUCAGUCCACUUGCGCCCCCGGGCUUUAUGCCUGCGCCCUUUGGUCGCACGAAGUCCUCAACGGCUUCUCCCUUCAGCUCCCCGCGGCCGUCCCCGAGGCUCGCAUUCGCCACUCCUGUGCCUCACAGCCCAAACCUAAACGCCUACCAGUUUGCCUACGACGAGACGCCGUCGCAGGAGGUGUUUGGGGACUACCAGUCUGACAAUGUAGACUGGCUUGUGAGCGACGACGCAGUCAGCGUCACAUCUUCUGUUGGCGUCUCCAGUGGGCUGAAUGUCAGUGCCCCUGAGUUCGUGUCCACGCAGCAGCAGCAGCAGACCGACAUGACACCCUACGACAUGCUGCGGUCGAUCCUCGGACAGACGAAAUCGGACGAGGAGAUUAGUGCGGCUCUGGCGAUGCAUGGCUACGACCUCGGUGCUACGGUCGCGGCCUUCAUGGAGACACAGGCGCAGGACAACCUUGCGGCGGCCGCCCAGGCGGAGGAGAGCCGGGUGGUCAUCGGGAACAAGGCCAUGAGUUCUGAUGGCCGCCCGACCACUCCGGCGGAUCAACAGAAGACGGGUGUAAUCUGCAAGUUCUUCUUAUCUUCCGGGCAGUGCCUACGCGCGGACUGCAGAUUCAGUCAUGACCUAAGUAGUCACAUCUGCAAGUAUUGGGUUGCUGGUAACUGCCUUGCCGGUAGCACCUGUGUGUUCUCUCACGACCCGGCGCAUCUCGUCAACCGGCUGCACAUCGAUGGCUCCGGGACGCCGCCAACGCAACAUGCAAGCGUCAACCUGCAGGACUAUGGCAGCUUCCCUGCGCUCCAGCCUGGCACACCCGAGCAGAUGCAUCUCUAUCCGGCUACCCCCAACCAUCCUGCCGUGGGAGUGACCCCGCCGCCGGGAUUCAAAGCACACCAUGCUUUCCCCGACCGCCCCCGGUCCCGGCCAGGCAGUCGCCACCAAAACAAAGAGAAUGCGCAGACUGCUCCGUCGCCAGAUGAUGCGGACGCGUUUCCGUCCCUCAGCUCUGCCGUGGUAAAACAAGGGAAGAAGCAUCACGGCAAGAGAGGAGGGCAUGGCCACGGCCACAAGGAGAACGUGGCACCCAGCACACUGGCCGAGAUCGUCAAGAUGUCUCCAUCCCCAACUCCGUCCAUCCAACAGAACCGCCGGGUUCCGCGUAACGGCAGCGCGACAAGCGUCCGGAACGGAGAAAAUAGCGCAGCGGCCCAGGCCAUUCCGGCGCCCAAGCACAUCCCAUGGCUUGAGACUGGCGAGAAGGCCAACAAGGCAUACCUCAAGGCGCGGCAAGAGGCCAUCAAACAUGGUGGGCUCAGGAAUAAAUUCUUACAGAGUGCCGCUCAAGCUUGGAACCGCAAUGAUGCACGCGCCGCUAAGGCGCUCAGCUUACGGGGCCAGAGCGAAAACGAUCUUAUGCGGAAAGCUCAUCGCGAGGCAGCCCAGAAGCUAUAUGAGGACCGUAACAAGGACCGGGCGAGCUGCUCUGAGAUCUACGUCGACCUGCACGGGCUGCACCCCGAGGAAGCGGUCGAGUAUCUCGAGGGCGUCCUCAUGGAGAACGCGACGGAGACUAGGCCCAUCUACGCCAUAACGGGUACGGGCCACCAUAGCAAGAAUGGUAAGGACAAAGUCGGCAAGGCGGUCCGGAGCUUCCUCAAUGAGUGGCGGUACGCUUACCGCGAGUUCUCCGUGCCUGGCGACCGCAACAGCACGGGCGGGAUCCUGGGCAUCGACGCGCGCAGUUGGGACCGGACGCUGUCGCAAGACGGAAAGACAUUGGCCAGGAAAGAGGAGAGCAAGGAGGAGGUGGAUAUCCUGUCCCAGGGCGUCGAGAUCGGUGAGGGCAAGGUGAAGCUGCUGGUUAGGGACACAUCUGUGUCGAAGGAGCCGCCCAAGGGUCCGUCGGGUUCGAGAGGCAGGUGAUGGUAGAUUCGCGUGGAGGUUUGACCGAUCGCCGAGUCAGAUAAAUUCUAGUUAGCUACGUAUCGAGCAGAAGUAUCAGACCAUCGCGAGAUGGUCUGAGCUCUGAAACUCAUCGUUUUUCUGCCAGCUGGGAUCCAUGCGAUGCCAAGAGUGCGGGCUGUCCCGACUUGCUGGGCAAAUGACGUUCGUAACGUUAAAUGAACUGCAGACUGCCGAUCUUCCACAGUGCCAACUACUAUAUUGUAGUUAGUAA